GCUUUAAAAGAUUUACAACUUCUUUCUUACAGAUUGGUAUUUAUUAAUAUUAAUAUGGUUAAGUGAAAGUGAAACAUUGAAAAUCAAUAAUGGGUUCCUUAUUGUCAAGAUGGAAGAAAUCGAAAACCACAACCGAAGUGUUAGAAGACAUCGAUAAAAGUAUUUCACAACUUGAGAAGUUUCGUAAAUCAAACCAGGAACUUCGAAGUAAAGUGAUUGGAAAUUUAAUUCUGUACUCUGUUCUUCUGUACAUUGUUGCAUGUGUGUCACUGUACUUCCUAAUUACACCUACAACGUGGCAACAUAGAUGUCUGCAACUUCUACCUUUGUUAUGCUUUCCUUUCAUAAUAUAUUUCCUAAAGCGGUUCCUUCACUGGUGGUUUGUACGAAAAAUCUCAAGAAAUGAACUUGAACUCCAAGCAUUACGUGACGAAAGAAAAGAAAUUCUUGAAAAUGUAAUGGAGACGGAAACUUACAAGAAAGCGAAAGAAAUCUUGGAAAGAUUUGAUCCGGAAACAAAGAAGAAGUUGGAGGAGGAACGACAAAGAAGAGAGAACCCCACACCAUCCCCCACUACCCCAGGAACAGAAUUACGAAGAAGAGGCGCGCCCAUGCCCACCCCUGCAGCUCCAAAUACCCCAGGUUUCUCAGGAACCCCAGCAACAACCCCUAUGCGGGGGCCCGUAAAUUCAAACAUGACCCCAAUGAAUGGAAAUAUGAGAGGAUCCUUGCCACCGGUUGCUACAUUACCGCGUCCCCUUAUACAACAGAAUCGCUCGUCUAUGGAAAAAAUUGUGGAGUAUUUUGUUGGUGAUGGACCAAGCAAUAGAUACGCGCUAAUCUGCAGGAACUGUUACUCUCAUAAUGGCAUGGCACUCAAGGAAGAGUUUGAAUACAUUGAAUAUCGUUGCGCCUACUGUCGAUUUUUUAACCCAAGUCGUAAGCAAAGACCAAAUGCCCCACGUUUGCCAUCUCAUGUCACACCCAAGCAAAACCCUGGUACACCGAAACCAAUGGACCGUGACAGUGGGAAUGACAUGUCACCCCCACCAUCAUCAAAAUCUUCAGAAAAUGGUGAUGCUGCAGUGUUACCAGAUCCAGUUGAGUCACCAGUAAAUGUAUCUGAAAACACUGAAGAACCUACAAAGCUUGAGUUAGAAACAAAAAGUGAAGAUAAGGCUGAGGAACCUUUAAUUGAAGAAAAGGCACCUUCAUUAAAAGAAAUACCUGCCACAGAAUAAAAAUAAAGACCUCGUUCUGAAAUUAAAGAUACAAGACUUGAAAUUUGCUGCUUUAAAUUAACCAUUCAAUAGGUUGUGUAGUACCAUUGGUCUGUUAUGUACACCACUUUAUGUUGAUAUAUACAUUGCAAUUUAAGUUUCUAUACAGAAAGUCGCAUGCCAGUGGGAAGCUCGAAUGAACAGUUGUAUGUUUAUUAAGACUGUUUUACAUUGCUGGUGUUCAUGUUAGGCUAAUUAACCUUUUUUCUCCUGAUACCUGAAACUACAGGUUUAUGCAUGGAGACAUUUAAUCUGUGCCUACCUAAAUCUAUGGUUCUGCAAACUGUACAAAAAGCUCGUUACCCCGUGCAUUAUUGAUCACUGUUACGCAUUAAAAUAUAUUUUCGUUGCAUUG